AUGCUGAUUCUGAUGCUGAUUCUGAUUCCGAUUCUGAUGCUGAUUCUGAUGCUGAUUCUGAUGCUGAUUCUGAUGCUGAUUUUUAUGUUGAUUCUGAUGUUGAUGCUGAUGUUGAUUCCGAUGCUGAUUUUGAUGUUGGUUCAGAUGCUGAUGCUCAUGCUGAUUCUUAUUCUGAUUCUGAUUCUGAUUCUGAUGCUGAUUAUGAUGCUGAUUCUGAUGCUGAUUCUGAUGCUGAUUCUGAUGCUGAUUUUGAUGCUGAUUCUGAUGCUGAUUUUGAUGCUGAUUCUGAUUCUGAUGCUGAUUCUUAUUCUGAUUCUGAUUCUGCUGCUGAUUCUGAUUCUGAUACUGAUCCUGUUGCUGAUUCUGAUGCUGAUUCUGAUGCUGAUUUUGAUGCUGAUCCUGUUAAUGAUUCUGAUGCUGAUUCUGAUUCUGAUUCUGAUUCUGAUGAUGAUCCUGUUGCUGAUUCUGAUGCUGAUUCUGAUGCUGAUUUUGAUGCUGAUGCUGAUUCCUAUUCUGAUUCUGAUUCUGAUGCUGAUUAUGAUGCUGAUUCUGAUGCUGAUUUUGAUGCUGAUGCUGAUUCCUAUUCUGAUUCUGAUUAUGAUGCUGAUUAUGAUGCUGAUUCUGAUGUUGAUUCUGAUGCUGAUUCUGAUUCUGAUACUGAUCAUGUUGCUGUUUCUGAUGCUGAUUAUGAUGCUGAUUCUGAUGCUGAUCCUGACGUCAAAGCACGUGGCCAACGUGGAUCAAGCAUCCGGCGGCAGUGCCGCCGCCAAUGACUCGUUCACUAGCUCAACGAUCAGCGCCUACUGGGAGAUCAUCGGGGGCGCAUUAAAGACCGUGACCUUCUGCAGCGCAAACGAGACCCGAUUGUAG